UACCCGACCAUUCCUUCAUUCCAGCCAGCGCCGUCUCAACAGACAGCAGGCUCAGAGGAGACUCUUCUACCCCCAGACCACCGACCACCGCCAGCAUGAGUGGAAGCGAGAUGCCCAAGACGGAGCCCAUGAGCCAGCCACAGGGAGUCUGGUCGACGCCAGUAUCCCAGGGUAUGCGCCCACGGCCCGCAACCAUCCACGAGGGCUUCUCGUACUGCAUGGGAGAGGGAUACGAUGGCCUCCCGGCUUGGGAUUCGUCGACGUUGCCGCUGCAGCAGACCCCGAGCGACAUCUCGUCCAGGCCCAUCUCUGUCCACCAGGACUUCUAUCCUCCCACAACCAUGGAGGCCAACUCUUGGGUGCAAAAGCCGUGUGGGGAUGAAAACAUGGACAUCCAGGGGAUAGAGGGCGACAUGAUCGGCCAGGCUUACACAGCAGACGAGGCGAUACCGAUCCUGGACCUCCGCUACCCCAACUCCCACAUGGAGGGAGACUCGAUGAGCUUCGACCACGCCAUGAACGCGCGAAGGAUGUCGGGCUCAUCUUUUACCAUGUCGACCACGGGAAUCUCGGAGAUGACUUCGUACGAGGACUUCUCGGCGGCCAUGUCGGACGCCCCAUCCUUCACUUCCGACUAUCCUCCGCCGUCCAACAGGAACUCCUUAAUGUCGUCGACCCAGCUUUCACCAGUCGCGUCCCCGCGGAUGACACCACAGAGCCGAUCGGAGCUGGUGAGGACGCAGAGCCGAGGGAGGGCAUCGCCUUCGCCCAGGCCCGGCAUGCGCUCGGCACCGUACAGCGUCGAGCGUGGGCAGAACAAGAGGUGGUCGACGGGCUCGUACGGCACCACGCCCAACCGGAGGCCAUCCCCCUUCGUCUACCACCACCCCCACGACGCAUACGGGCCCCGCAUGUCGUCCCGACACUCAUCGCCGACGAUUGCGCACACCCAGGUGCCGCUCAACAUGGGCAACCUGCAGUCGAUGCAGCAGCAGCCGCCACCGCCCUUCUUCAUGCCCCCGAACCCCGCGUUCCCGAGGCACAGCAUGCUCCUGCCGUCGCAGCUGCCGUCCAACGCCUUCCACCACGACCCUCACCACCAGUUCGACAACCCGCCGCCGCUCAUGUCGCACGGGCUCUUCCGAAUGCUGCAGAGCAACGCCGACCCCCACUCCCUCCACGGCCACUACCAUGACCUGUCGGACCCGCCGGACCUGUACGCCUCGCUGCACGAGGAGCAGAUCCCGCCGCCCCCCGAGGACAUGAACCCGUCCGAUCCCGACCUAAUCCCCCACGAGCAGGAGCUGAGGUUCGACGGCGACCUGUACACGCCCAGGUGGGUGCGCGGGCACGGCAACAAGAGGGAGGGCUGGUGCGGCAUCUGCAAGCCCGGCAGGUGGCUCGUCCUGAAGAACUCGGCAUUUUGGUACGACAAGAGCUUCACGCACGGCAUCAGCGCCGCCACGGGCAGCCCCUUCCAGGAGCCUCAGGAGACGAGGCGGAUGGACGGCAACCCGGACGUGUGGGAGGGGCUGUGCGGGAGCUGCAACGACUGGAUCGCGCUCGUCAGCAGCAAAAAGAAGGGCACGACCUGGUUCAGGCACGCAUACAAGUGCCAUACGCACCCCAAGAUCAAGGACGCCCCCAAGCGGAGGCGGGAAAGCAGCCACACCCGCCUGGCCGCGUCCAACAUGGCCAAGCCCAAGACGGAGCCCCAGGCGCCCAUAACGCCCCAGAUGACGCCCGGGUCGGUGACCGUGUCCAUGGUCAACACGCCGACGGUGCCGGCCAUGCCCCAUCUCUCCCACCAGCAGAUGCAGCAGUUCCAGACGCCCCAGCAGCAGCAGCAGCAGAUGCAGACGCCCCAGCACCACCACCACCACCAGCACAACAAUAUGGUGGCGCCCAUGUCGUCGCCCAUACACCCGCAGGACCAGGCCGCCGCCAUGAUGCAGCCGCCCACGCCGCGCCACCACCUGCACCCGACCAGCCAGCCCAUGCACGCGCCCCCGCCCGCCCACCCGCAGAUGCACAUCCAGGGGGCUCAACACGGGGGCUGA